AUGUCGAAACGAUUCUCUGCAAUCCGCUCAGCGGUUAUUGACGGUCGCGUCCACAACCCAAUCUACCGCAAAGACCAACUACGCAACCUUCACAGCGCUUUGGCUGAUAAUGCAUCCGCUAUUCAAGAUGCGAUAGCAAAGGAUUCAAAGAACCAACCUUCGGAAGUCAAAGUCGAAUAUUGUCUUGCGCUGCAGCUCAUUGCAGACGCGUACACCUCUAUCAACCCUGACCAGCAGCUUGAACAAGAAUAUGCUGUCACAAAAGGGCAAGAUGACACGAUCAGUCGCGAACCGGCUGGAAUUGUUGUUAUUGAGCCUUCAAAUCAUGCUUUCUUCUAUGGUUUGGUUGCUGCGCUGGCGCCUGCUCUUGCGGCUGGAAACUGUGUGAUUGUUCAGUCUGAAAACUCUUUGCGCAAAACACCAAAGUUGGUACUGAAUCUCAUCGAAAGUUCACUAGACAGAGAUAUCUUUACCGUCUCAGCUCAACCCGUCACUCCAGAAGACAUCAACACGUCUCACAUUUCCGUGUCGCAAAAUGGUUCAACAGGUCCCAUCCUUCGCAACCAUCUCGUCUCAGACCCCAAAGCCCCGGUGGUAGCUUUUGUGGAGAGAGACGCAGACAUUUCAGCUGCUGCUCAAGCUCUUAUUUCGGCACGCUUCAGCCUGCAAGGCAAAUCGUCCUACGCGCCUGAUGUGGUCUUUGUCAACGAGUGGGUGAAGAAGGACCUGCUACGCGCUCUCGUGCAGCAAAGCACUGAGUUUCUGGCGACUUCACCUACGAAAGGCAGAGCCUUGAAAAUGGGACUUGCGAGGGAGGUUGAGAAGGAUGAUAGCACACAUGUUGUGCUGUCUGGGUCGAAUGGAGUUAUUCUUGAUGUUCAGAACAGGUCGUCAAGCCUACUGAAGCAAAAGGUUGAAGAGACAACUUUGAUUGUUCACUCUGUCACAAGCAUGGACGACGCCAUUGACGCGUCAAGAGAUAUCGGAUCUCUUGCCGCUGCAUACGUCUUUACCACACCCGCGAUGGCCAAGUACAUAUGCCAAUUCCUGGAUACAGCCGUCAGCUAUGUCAAUCAAAUUCCAACCAAACUCCUCUACUCCCCCAUCGCGCCACUCGGCUCUCCUCCCCAACCCAACACCAACACAAUCUACCACGAAGAUCAAUUCUCUACCUCAAAACCGAAAUAUCUCACAAAGUCAAGUACAGAGCAGAAGCUGGCCAAGAUCCUUGGAACGUCAACUGCUGCUGAAUUGAGAGCGUUGGAGGUGGAAGCGACCAAAAGACUUCCAGAGAUGAAACGACGACUGAAGGGUACGCAACUUGGUUUCUUUGAACAGGGCAUUGUUACGAGUUUAGUGUUUGUCUUGACUACACUUGUUUCGGGGACGGGGUUGCUUGGAUAUUAUGGUAUUCGAUAUUGGCGGUCUUAG